AUGCUGAAGGAGGAAAAAAUGAAAGCAAGCGAAAAACUCUCUCUUAAAGUAUCAUCAAUAACUAAUGCCUUUAAUAUGCUACAAGAUAUGAGACAUAUAUUGAUAUUAGAUAUGAGGCCAAGAGAAGAAUUCGAAGAACUCCACAUCAGAAAAAGUCUUCACUCGACUUUGGAGAACUAUCACUUGAUCAUUUAAUCAAUAUUUUCAACAAAAAAUCCAGACUACAAUUCACAAUAUGAGGGAGAUGAUAUGAAGAGAAUAAUGUUUAUAUUCCCAAACUCUGAUUGGAAAGCUUAUGAUAGUGCCAUAGGAUAAUAAAUUGUAGAAUUAGGUGAACUUAUCCUUAAGGCUUAUCAAGAAAGGCUGAGUAAAGUAUAUUUCCUGAAAGACUUUAAGGAGUUCCAGAAGAAAUAUAGCUUCUUAUGUGUUAAUGAUAGCUCUGAUUAGAUAAAGCAGAUAAGAUCUCUUUGUAGAUAUCCAAGUGAAAUUAAAGACAGUUUAAUCUAUAUCGGGAAUAUGAUGAAUACGAUGGACGCUGGUAAUCUUCAAAUUUCUUCACUUGGUUUUAAAACCAUAAUAUAUCUCACUCCAAAGAGAUUUGAACAUAUAGAUAAUUUAUAAGGGGUAACUACACAUUACUUUGAAUUAUAAGAACCUAGUAAACCCUAAGUACCAUUUGAUGAGAUAAUUAAAACAGUACUUGAAGAACUUUAAUCAAAAGUGAACUUGCCAAUAUUGAUAUUUGAUGUAAGUGGUAUAAUUAGUGCUGCCAUUGGAGUUAAAAUCAUGCUUGAGACUAAUAAAGCUUGGUCAAAAGAAAUAGCGAUGGCCUAUAUACUCAAUAAGAGGUAUGAAGCCAAAGACAUGCCAUCUUGGCUUUACUCUCAAAUAUUACUAGCUGGCUAAAAGAAAUUUAAAUCUGAACCAUUAAUGAUGGCACCAGAAGGUCCAUAAUGA